AUGGCCUUACCAUUGCCGCCAGGCUUGACACCUCCUGAGACCGCAUUUCUGUGCGAAAUGGAGAUGGUAACGGUUAUUCCCCGCCAACGGCUCGAGGGGCUCGAACUACUUGGGGGACCCAUUCCACCCCUCAACCCUCCCUACCGCACUCCACUUCCCCUCUGGCUCGCCCUUCUCCUUAAACGCCAACGUCGGGCCAACGUCCUGCCUCCACCAUGGCUCUCUCCUCCAUCACUCCACUCGAUCCUCGACUUUGAAAAGUCAACACCGUCUUUCUCCCCCCCACUGCCUUUACCACCUCAUACAACCACCUCCCCGCCCUUCCUGCCCAGCGCCACAGCCAACGCCCCACCAGACGCACUACCCUAUCACUGGCUCGAAUUAGGCGAGAUGCUACUGGAAGCCGCAAGUGAUGAUAUCCCCGAACCUGACAAUGUAAGGAGAUUGAUGCGGGAUCUGCGUGAGGUACGAAUGGCGAAGAUGAGGGCUGGAGUGGGGGUGUUGGAGGGAGGAAGGGAGGUCAACAUGAACGGAGUAGGCGGGAUGGAGGUGGCUGAGGGGAGGGCUUUUAUUGGGGGUGUUGUGGAUGGGUUGAGGAAAAUUGGAGCGAGCAAGGAGAUGAGCAGGCGCGAGAGGGAGGCCGAGGAGAGGGAGAAUGGGAUUGGAGGGGGCGAGGAUGAUGAGGAUGAUAUGGAGAUAUGA